AUAGCAUUUUUCAAUAUUAAGCCAAAAAAAUGACUGCUUUCUUCAUUCAUCUAUUCGGUGAUUCUUAAGUAUUUCUUAAUCCUUUGAAUACUUGAAUUUUACUUAUGAAUCUUUUAACUCAACUCUUAAAUUUUUAAUCUUAACUCUCUUCUUCAAUGGCACCACCGCCACAAACUGAAACUAAAGAAGUCGCCAAAGAAUUCAGAUUCUUCAACGUAUACAAAGACGGCACCGUUGACCUGUUCUUUAAAAACUGGAAAACCGUCCCGCCGUCCGACGACCCAGUAACCGGUGUCCGAUCAAAAGACGUCACAAUCUCCACACAACCACCGGUCUCCGCUCGUAUUUUCUUACCCAAACUCCAAAACCUUAACCAAAACAAAAACCCAGUCUUGUUCUACAUUCACGGAGGUGGGUUUUCAAUGAUGUCCGCCUUUUCUCCUCACUACCACCGUCAUUGCGCUUUCCUCGCCGCCGAAGCUAACGCCGUCGUCGUCUCCAUUGAGUACGGUCUCUUCCCAACCCGACCCAUACCCGCUUGCUACGAGGAUUCAUGGAUCGGGCUUCAGUGGGUGGCUUCUCAUGUCAACGGAAACGGACCGGAGAAUUGGUUGAACGAUCAUGUCGAUUUUGAGAAACUUUUCAUCGGCGGCGACAGUGCCGGCGGUAAUAUAACGCAUGAUUUAUCAUUUCGGGUCGGGACAAUCGGGUUACCCGAUGGAGUUAAGUUAAACGGUGCGUUUUUGGUGCAUCCGUUUUUUGGUGGGAGUGAAGACGAUGAGAUGUGGAUGCAUAUGUGUGUUGAUAAUAAAGGGUUGCAUGAUCCUAGAAUGAACCCGUCUGUAGAGGAUAUCGGCAAGCUUGGGUGUGGGAGAGUUUUAAUUUUUGUUGCGGGGAAAGAUUAUUUGAAGGGGCCUGGGGAAUUUUAUUAUGAGAAGAUGAAGAUGAGUGGAUUCAAAGGUAGUUUUGAAAUUGUUGAGAAUGAAAAUGAAGAACAUUGUUUUUAUUUGGGUAAUUUUGAGUCUGAAAAAGCUGUGGAGUUGCAGAACAAGAUUGUUUCUUUUCUUAAACAAGAGUGAUUUGGUUCUGUUUUUAUUAAUGAUUUUGAUUAUUAUGUAUGUUGUUAAUAAAUUAUGGUUUUGUUUUUCAAA